UAUCUCUCAUUUCACAAACGCAAUUCAUAUUCUCAAUCAUGGCUUUCUCUAAGCUUCUAGUUGCUUCACUUCUUGCAUCACUUCUCCUUCUCCAUCUUGUUGAUGCAGCAGAUCAAUCGGAACAUGCAAAAACACAAGGCUCUCUUCUUCAGAAAAUAGAUUGUAAUGGAUCGUGUGUUGCACGGUGCCGUUUAUCAUCUCGACCAAGAUUGUGUCAAAGAGCAUGUGGGACAUGUUGUAGAAAAUGUAACUGCGUGCCACCUGGUACUGCUGGAAACCAAGAAAAGUGUCCAUGUUAUGCCAGCUUGACUCCUCGUGGUGGCAAACGCAAAUGCCCAUAGAAAAACAAAAACUACCUUAAUUGGAAUUUGGACCAGAAUCUUUGAUCAUAAUAUAUCCAAAAACACAUGCAUUAACAAGAAAUAAAUAAAUAAAUAAAUAUUUCUUUGGUUACAUGCAAAAUAAAAUCCGCAACUAUUUUCAGUAGCUGUUGAAUUAUCGAGUGUUAAUUUAAAAUAGUAAUAGUCUUGUUUGUGAUCGCUUUCAAUUCUUGUCUAUUGUAUUCAGUUCUUUUGUACUAGUACCUAUCAUUUGUAUAAAUGAGAAUAUUUUCUUGGGUA